GCUCUUGGGAGAUUAAAAUAUUUUUAUUUAGAAGUAGACAAAUACAUAAUCAUAUCCAUGACUAAAAAAUUAGUAAGCAGUUAGGAUAUAGAAUUUGGACAGAACAACAAACUGUACUUAAUAGAGACAUAUAGAAUGCUACUGCCAAUAACCGCAGGCUACACAGUCUUCUCAAAUACAUAUGAAAUAGCACUCAAAGGGCCCCUGGGUGGCUCAGAGUCACUGAAGCCUCUGACUCUUGGUUUCGGCUCAGGUCGUGAUCUCAGGGUUGUGAAACCGAGCCCUGUGAAGGGCUCCACUGAGUGCAGAGUCUGCUUGAGAUUAUCUUUCCCUCUCCCUCUUUCCCUCCUUGUCAAACUCUCUCUCUCACUCAAAUAGAUAAAUAUGGGGGAAAAAAGAUAGUAUAUAAAAAUUGACCAUGUAAUAUUGCAUAAUGCAUGCUUCAACAAAUUUUGAAGGAUUGAAAUCAUGCAUAAUAUUUUUUGUUGAUCACAGAGCAGUUGUGCUUAAAAGUUAACCAAAUGAUAAGGAAAUCAAUGUGUAUUUUGAAAUUAGGAAAUACAUUUCUAAGCAAUCCAUGCAUCAAAGAAGAAAUUAGAAACUAUUGUGAAAUGAAUGACAAAAAACAGAAGAUACAGAGGCACAAGGAGUACAAAAUCUGGCCCCAAACUUCCUGAAGUCGGGUUUGUGGUUAGAGAAUCCUCAAAAGUUGUUUUGUUUUUCUCUUUGUCCUCUGCCCAGAGCCAAGACUGGAAUAAGCCAGUGUGACAGGGUUCUGCAGUGCCCCCCAGUGUCUGCCCUGGUGUCACCCCAGUAAAAUCCCUUCCCCUGAGCAAUGAUGGACUCUGUGACUUGCAUCUAAUGAUACAAUAUACCAAAGGAGAUGUGUUGCCACUCCCUCCAUUGGGUUAUUUUAUGUGGCACAGGUGAUGAGAAGUCACUCCCACUGCUACAUUACACUGUAGACCACCAUCCUGGCAGCCUGGCAAGACUCUCCUGCUGGCCUCAAAGAAGCAGACUGGCAUGUUGUGAACUACCUAUGAACAGGACCACAGGUGAGGAACGGCAGGCAGCUUCUAGGACCCGAGGGUUGGCCCCAGCACACAGGCAGUAAGAAGCUAGGGCCCCUCAGUCGUACAGCCGAAAGGAGAAGAAUUCAUGCAAAAAAUGGAGUUUGGAAGUAGAUCUUUUCCUAGUCAAGCCUCUGAUGAAAUCAAGGCUCCAGCCAGUGCCCUCAGUGCACUCUGGUAAGACCCUAAGCAGAGAACCCGGGUAAGCAGUACCAAAGCCUCUAACCCACAGACACUGAGAGAUAAUAAAUGUGUACUCUUUUAAGCUUCAGAAUGUGUGAUCAUUUGUUAUGCUGCUGUUGAAAGCUAGUACAAGGAUCCUUAACAUGUCCAUCUGUGGCUUUUUUCCUAAUCCACCCACUGUGGUUCUCCUUUCAGAGGGUCUGAUGCAAUCCACCCCCCCCCCCACUCCCGCCUUGGUGCAGGCUUUAGAUUCAGUUUCCUGAUCUCAUGCACAUGGCCUUUCAACCCUAGCUCUGAGUCAACAAAAAUUAGCAGCUGUUCCCAGAGCAAACCCCAGCUCCAGCUCUCACUCAAUAUGCUUCCUUUGUACCUUUGAGGAUUCCCAGCAUCCCGUUCAGCCACGCAUUUCUCAAUUCUGGUGUUUAAAAUGUUUCAUCAGCAUUGGUUGGUGUUCUUUGACCAGAGGAUCUCUUUAAAGAUCCAGUCUGUUCUAUGUCCUGGGAUUCGUGUUCACCGUUCAACCCACUGAAGCCUUAUUCUUUGCCACUGCCACACCCUAAGCUGUGUUCAAAGAAAGGGGUCAUGAUCUCUUCAUUUCCAGAUCCAGUCCACUCCUUCCAGUCCUCAUGUUACUGGGUCUCCCUCUUGGCAAUAUCUGGAGCUACCGGCCACGCUUUCCUUCCUUCCUUUCCUUCCUGGCUUCUAAUAGCUUGUGUUUGCUGUCACUGCUUCCUCUCAGUUUCCUUAGCUGACAACCGUCUGCCUCCCUCCUAAAUAUUGGUGUUUCUCAGGGUUCUGGCCUAUGAAUUUUUAUUCCCACUCUACAGGCUACGUGGACAGUCUUAGCCAUUCCCAUGGCUUUUACUAUCACUUGUAUGCUGCUGACUUUCUCGCUUAUAACUCAAAUCGUUAGGCAGGAUGGGUUAGGUUAAGGGAGAUCAGAAACUAUCCCCACAUCUUUGUGUAAUGUGGAAAAGCUUAUUUCUUGCUCAUAAAGAAUCCACCACAGGUCCAGGUGACCCUCCGGAGAAACUAUCCUCUAUAUGAUGACACAGUGAUCCAGCUUCAGGGCCUGCAACCUUACCUUCUCACCACAAAUCUCUGUGACCACCCUGCAGAAGGGGUCAGAAGAGGUCUUACUUCAGUGAUUAAAUGCUUCAAAUCGAAGGGAAUACAUCACUUUCAUUCGUAGUCUUUUGGCCACAACAAGUAACAUGGCAACACCACCCCCCACCACAACCACAGGUGAGACUCUGGGCCAGAAGGAGAGGAGAAUUGGUUGUGGGCAAGAACUAGGACUGUUUAUCACACAAAUCUAGAUCUCUUUCAUGAGCUCUAGAUCUGUGUGUCCUGUUACCCUUGCCACAUUUCUGCCUGAAUGUUGCACAAACACCCUGAAGUCAAUGCGUCAAAGAGUAAACACAUAUGUCCACAUAUAUGUCCAAUUCUAUAUCACUUCUAUAUUGGCACUACUAGUCAGUGAUAACGAAGCAGAAAUCUGGGAGCUACCCUGAGCUCCUCUCUCCCAUACCCUCCUCUUACAAGUAGUAAAUGACUAGAUUCAUCACCUCUCUUCCCCAUCUCUUCUUCCUCAUACCCACUGCCUCUUGUCAGACCUCUGCAAUGGUAAAGGAUUUGCUACCCACUGCCUAGCCCCUCCCUUCUGUUGCCUAAACCCAAUGUGACCAUGUCACUCUUCAGCCAUCUCUCCAUUCCCCCUAAGCUUUCAAAGAGGAACAUUUUUUAUUCUCCGGAAGACAGCAUGGGAGGAUGGAGUUCCAAACCUGAACCCAAAAAUGAGUGGGACUCUCCAUUGUACAAACCAAGUUUCAGCACAACAGCUCCGACAAUUGCCUCCAGACCCUGCUCCCAGGAGCCCACCAAAGUGUGGUUCUUAACCCGGAGUGCCCCAGGGAGGGAGAUCCCUCAGGAGAUCCAUGAAUCCCCUCAGCUCAUCAACAAACGCAUACAGUAUUUGGUCUUGGCCUUUUUUGUGGGGGUCCUGCUAACGCUGCUGCUGCUGGUGCUUGUCUUCCUCAUCGUGAAGACCUACAGAAAAUGCCACUCCAGUCCCUGGGCCCGGGAUCCUCCCUCGGAUGGUCACUCCAGCCGUGAUCCUCCAGCCAAGCUUUCAUCUCCGGAGGAAGCACUUACCUAUGCUAGCGUAGCUUUCAAAACCUUGGAAGAAAAGAGUGAACACCUGACUGAGAAACGUUCUGCACCCUUGGACACGGUUGUCUAUGCUCCAGUCAAAGGGACAGACUCCCCCUACCUUUCCAGUGAGGCUUGAUGCCGGUCCCUCUUACUCUCGGCUCUAUCUUUAUUCAUCACUUUCCCUUAGGACAAAUUCUGGACCACAGCAUGGUCUGGUUGGAGCUGUUUGGGUGGGAUCUGGAAAUGUUAGCCAGCGGUUUUGAAGACUGAGGGGGAGUGCUUCUCUUGGCCUGAGAAGACACUGCCAGCCCUCCUGCUUGGACGGACAGCCACUUAGCCCUUUGAGGGCUGAGACGGCCUCCCUGGUCCUCUUCCAGAGUGUGUGGUACAGAGCUCAGCGCACAAAGGGUGCUCACUUGGUGCCACUGACCAGCUUGGGAGAAGCCAGCCUGAUGGGCAAAUGAGCAGGAGUUCCAAAUAAAACCAACCAGUCUGCA